AGGAGGAGAAACGCAGUCGCGCACGCUCCUACUUUUCUGCCAUCUCUCUCUCUCUUUCUCUCUCUCUCUCUCUCUCCAUGAAAUUGACUCCUUAGCAAGUCCUCCUUCCCUCCACUACCUUUCUCUCUCUAGAACCAUAGCAGACCCACAAACGCUCCUUCUCUCUCUCUUCUCUCGUCCCGCUGAAAGCCCAGUUCAAAGAGUCACUCCCCUCCUAUGGAGAGAAAGCAAGGCUUCUUCUCCGCCCUCAAGGACGAGGUGGUCCGCGGCCUCUCCCCCUCCCGCCCCUCCCGCCCCUCCCGCCCCUCCAGCCCCUCCCCGGUGUCGGGGGGCCUGCUCCGCCGCGGCCGCAAGCACCGUGGCGGCGGCGGCUACCCGGGGCAGCCCGAGCUGGCGAUCGUCCCGAGAUCCGGGAGCCUGGCGCCGCUGGUGGAGGGCCCGGAUCCCGAAGGCGACCCAAAGAGGAGGGGCGGGAACGGGUCGGGCCUGGGCCAUUGGGUGAAGGGCCAGCUCGGGAAGGCUCAUUCGGUGACCUCCUCCUCCUCCUCCUCCUCGUCGUCCGGGAAGAGGUGCGACGUGAGGAUGCUGAUUGGGGUGAUGGCCGCACCUCUCGCCCCGGUGCACGUUAGCAUCCUCGACCCUCUGCCUCACCUCAGUGUCAAGGACACUCCUAUCGAGACGUCAUCUGCUCAAUACAUACUGCAACAGUACACAGCUGCAUCGGGCGGUCUAAAGCUCCAGAACUCCAUCCGGAAUGCCUACGCGUUAGGAAAGUUGAAGAUGGUGGCCUCGGAGUUUGAAAGUGCAACGAAGGCGAUAAAAAACCGGAGUUCUGCACAAACAGGUGGUUUCGUGCUCUGGCAGAUGAACCCCGAUAUGUGGUAUGUGGAGCUCGCAGUUGGUGGAAGUAAGGUCCAUGCUGGCUGUAAUGGGAAACUCGUUUGGAGGCACACUCCCUGGCUAGGCGCUCACACUGCAAAGGGGCCCGUUAGACCCCUGCGCCGUGCCCUCCAGGGUCUUGACCCAAGAACCACAGCGAGUCUGUUUUCUGAUGCAAGGUGCAUCGGCGAGAAGGAGCUUAAUGGUGAGGACUGUUUCAUCCUGAAGCUAUGCACUGACCCUCAGUCACUGAAGGUGAGGAGUGAGGGGCCUGCCGAGAUCAUAAGACACAUUCUGUUUGGCUAUUUCAGCCAGAAAACGGGACUCCUCAUCCGAAUCGAGGAUUCCCAUCUUACUCGUAUCCAAACGAAUGGUGGAGACGCUGUGUACUGGGAAACCACCAUCACUUCAUCCCUUGAUGACUACAGGCCCGUCGAAGGAAUCAUGAUUGCGCACUCAGGUCGGUCGGUAGCGACCGUUUUUAGGUUUGGGGAGAUGGCGAUGAGCCAUACAAGAACUAGGAUGGAGGAAACUUGGACGAUUGAGGAGGUUGCGUUUAACAUCCCAGGCCUAUCAAUGGACUGCUUCAUCCCUCCUGCAGAUUUGAGAUCCGAUUCUGUCAGUGAAUCUUGUGAACUCGCGCAGGACGAUGGGGGCAAAAGUGUGAUCCCACAGGCAUCACAUAGAGCAAGAGUAGCUGCUCUAGAGAAAGCACAUGACAGCAAAGGCGAUCGUGUGAUCUGGAAGAUGGAAGUAUGAGAAUGUGUAGGACUGAAUUAGGGCAAACUGUUCAUACUCUGAGUUGCUAACCACAACAGAUUCACAAGGUAGGCAUUGAUUCAGACGGUUGGAUAUGCAUCUAUCAAUCUGUAAAUAUAGGAUAAUCACUUGCAGUUCAAAUUCGGGGCCAAAUGAUCCUUUUUUUUUUUAUCCCUCCAUGGAGAAUCCAACGGGUGGUCUGUGUAGGAAUGGAGCCAAUGGAGGUUGCUUCUUUGGGUUUUCCUAACAUUAACCAAUGUUGGGUUUUGAUUGGAUGAAGCUUUUGUAAAGCUGAACCAUUUGACAUUAUAUUAGUCUGACUAAUUGCAUGGCUUACAUGAGAGGCAGCAGUGAUGGUAAGGAAACUGCUCUGCCAGGUGAGUUUGAUCAUGAUGUUAACUUCUUCCUCCAUCUUUUUCUUCUUUACGAACGAUGUUGUCGACGAUUCAAUUGAAAAAGCUCUUUUCGU